CCGGGCAUGCCGCGCAUGCGCAGUGGCGCGGCCGGCCGGUGAUGGCGGGAGCGAUGGCGGCCGCGGCCGGCGGGGACUCGGACGGGGAGAGCGAGGAGCUGGUGCUGACCCCGGCCCAGCUGAUCCAGAGCCUGGAGCAGGCCUGGCUGAAUGAGAAAUUUGCUCCGGAGCUGCUGGAGAGUAAACCUGAAAUCAUCGAGUGCGUGGUGGAGCAGCUGGACCAUAUGGAAGCCAACCUGAAACGGGCCAAGAAAGGAGACCUGAAGGUCAGUGUGCAUCACAUGGAGAUCGAGCGGAUCCGUUUCAUGCUCAGCAGCUACUUGAGGUGUCGGCUGGUGAAGAUAGAGAAGUUUUUUCCCCACAUCCUGGAGAAGGAGAAGUCUCGAGCUGAAGGGGAGCCCUCCAUUUUAUCACCAGAGGAGUUUGCUUUUGCUACAGAGUACAUGGCAAACACAGAGGCUUACCUGAAAAACGUGGCCCUGAAGCACAUGCCACCUAACCUGCAGAAGGUGUCUCUCCUGAAGUCAGUCCCAAAGCCCAAUCUGGACUCCUUUGUGUUCCUGCGGGUGCUGGAGCGGCAGGAGAACAUCCUGGUGGAGCCAGAGACGGAUGAGCAGAGGGAAUAUGCCAUCGAUCUGGAGGAGGGCUCGCAGCACCUGAUCCGCUACAGAACCGUGGCCCCUCUGGUGGCCUCGGGGGCUGUGCAGCUCAUCUGAGGGGACAGG